GAAGAGGAGGCACUGCGAAAGCUCCUGCUCUGUUGUCAGCGCUUAAAAAGCGGAGAUUGAGGUGCGGGGGUCUCUCUGUGUCUCGGAAGGACUCCCCCAGCUCUUUCAGGCGACCUACAUCAGAGAGGAGCGAGGAGGCCUGCCUGCUAAGUGCAUUGGAAAGUGCUUCAGAUGGAAAAGGUCACAUGAAUCAAUAGUUACGCUUACGUGUGCCUAUUGACUCAAAUUGUUGCCGUCACAUCUAGUUCUUUCCAAAUAUAUCAGUCUUGCCCUGCCAGAGAGGGCUGCUGUACCAGAAAGAUGAAUGUGGGCACAGCUCACAGUGAAGUGAACCCAAAUACCCGUGUUAUGAACAGCCGCGGCAUAUGGCUCUCCUAUAUCUUGGGAAUUGGCCUCCUGCACGUGAUUUUGCUCAGCAUUCCUUUCUUCAGUGUCCCUGUCGUCUGGACGCUAACUAACCUCAUUCACAACAUGAGUAUGUACAUCUUCUUACACACUGUGAAAGGAACGCCAUUUGAGACUCCUGAUCAGGGGAAGGCCCGGCUGCUCACCCACUGGGAACAGAUGGACUAUGGAGUACAGUUGACAGCUUCUCGCAAGUUCUUGACUAUCACACCAAUUGUACUUUAUUUUCUUACCAGUUUCUACACAAAAUAUGACCGGAUACAUUUCAUCAUCAACACCAUCUCUUUGAUGAGCGUCUUGAUCCCCAAGUUGCCUCAGCUGCAUGGUGUCCGUAUCUUUGGAAUCAACAAGUACUGAGUUUGGGCGGGGGGGUGUCUUUUUUCUCCCUUCCCCACUUUUCUGGUGAUUGUGAUAUACCAGAGUGAGAAUCCCACUUUUUUUGUUCUGGCUGCAUCUUCAGGUUAGGAUUGCAGGAGAGCUCUUUUUUUUCAAUGGGUACAUUGCACAGGAUUGCAAAAACCAGCAAAAUAUAACCCGCCCUGGGCUUGCAAAGAGACAAGAGGAAGCUGAAACGUGUGAUAAUUAAUCUUGUUAUUAUUUCUUCUCAAGAAUCUGAAAUUAGAUGCAGUCACACACUACUAUAUAAAAGGUACUCAUCACUUGUUCUCUGGUAGGAAAGGAUUCUGGUUCAGAAGAAUAAUAAAAGCAUUAUUUGAAGUGACAUUCAUUUAAGAUGAUAGCAAAUGCACUUUAACAUCAAACUGUCCCGUUGUGGGAGUUUGACUUGCUCAUUGAAAGGGCUAUGUCAGAAAUAUUAAGCUACAGCCUAUGAAAAGAAUAGUCAGAUUUCUCUCAAUUGUUUAUAAAUACCUUUAAUGAAGUAGAGGCAGGAUUAGAGUAGAAGAAGAGAAGAAAGAAGCAGAGGAAGUGCUUGCCACUGGUUUUGCAGUGGGCGCUGAGGUUUGAAUCCCAGCUUCCCCACUGGCACUCCUGGCCAGAGAAUUAUUGGGUGAAUGACCAGCCUCUUGGAGCACAAACGGCUUACUGUGAAGUUACAUGAGAGCAGAGGGGAAGAAGACAAGGAAUGUGGCUUAUAUCAGGGCCUCAUUUCCAAUAUUUUUCUCUUUGUCAGAAAUCCAACAGUAGUAGUUAGAUUAUUAAGAUCUAUUGUUGAUUACUACUUAUUUAUGACAGUGCUGAAAUUCAAAAGCUAGUGUCUCUCAUUACUCAUUGUGAUGUCUAGCAAAGGUGAUGGGUUUGUUUUCUUUGUACCUACCAUCCAUAUGGUGGAACAGAUUUUGCAUAAAUAUAUCAUUAUGUUAAAAUAAAAAUGAUUUUGUGUCUAGCAGCAAUGGCGCA